GCAUCUACGGGGGUAGCAUGUGGGAGGGAGGGGAUGAGGAAAGGCCCGGCUCCGCGUGCCCCCCGCUCCGUGUGCCCCCCGCUCCGCGUGCCCCCGGCUCCGCGUGCCCCCGGCUCCGCGUGCCCCCGGCUCCUUGCGUUCCUUUCCCGUGUUGCCCCCUCCGCGCCUUCCCCCUGCCGCUGUUUGCCUCCCUGCCCUUUCCCUGAGUUGCACCCUCCUCCUCUUCACUCCUGCCUCUGUUACCCCCUGCUUCUCUUUACCUCCCUGCCCCUUUCUCCCCACAUCUCCUCCUCGCCAUCCCCCUGCAACUGUUGCUCCCUGCCUCUGUUUACCUCUUUGUCUAUCUCCCCUCCUCUUUCGCCUCCCUGCUGGUUUCCCCCCUUGCUUCUUGUCUCCUCUUCCACACUCCGUCUCCAUCCUGGGUGCCCAUCCCUCUCUCCUUCCAAAUGCUCCCUUCCUGGUCUCCACCUGCCCAGACCCACAAUCCCACCCUGUGCUGAGGGCUGGGAACUCCGGCAUCAGAAAACGCUCCCCCUUGCCCUUUGUGUUUGUCGGGCUUCUGGGGCCAGGGAAAAGGGGGCUGGACCUACAGUGAGAUCCCCCGGGUCCCCCCAGCCACCCCACACCUGGCUCCUGACACCUGGGAGUUCCUGUGGGUUCAGGAGGCCUGUCCCCACUGGGCCAACGUUAGUUGGGGGCCCGGGCAGUCAGGAGCUGAGCCGGUGCCCGUGCCUGGCCCCUAGUAGGCGCUUCCCAGAUGUUUCCGAAGGGGGCACGUCCUGCCCUGUGGCCCGGACCUCCCCCCUCAUCCCGCUCUCAGGGCUGGCGUCUUGCGGGGGCGGGGCGAGGGGGGGCUGCCUGGUUCUGGGGUUCGGGACUGGAAAGCUGAGGAUGCUUCCUCUUCACUUUUGUUUGGGACCUAGAAGAGUGAGAGAGGAGGGGGGGGGGGGAGGCAGAAGGCGGGCUGGAGGUGAGUUCUGGAACGCCCCCUACCUCCCCUCCCCGAGUUCCGCGUGUGUCCCCCGAGGGGAAGGGCUUGGGUUCCGGGUCAGCUCUGACCCGGUGCCAGGCGCGGGGGCUUCUGGGUGUUGGGCUUUGGACUUUCCGGAGCAGAACAGUUCGGAUCUUUGUUGGCUUUAGGGAUGGUUUAAAAAGAAAAUCCGCUCAGAUGCAAGCGGAAGGGGCUUCCCAGGGAUCUUGAAGGACUUUCCCCGAGCAGUGUGUGAGGCUGUUGGGAUGAUUGUCCCAUGGGGCGGGACCCGGUCCAAACUCCCCCAAACCCAAACCGGCUCCAGCCGGAGCCCGGCUUCUUCACAAAACUGCCACCUGCAGACGCUGCUCUCGGACGGCGGUGGAGCAAAGAGCGGCUGCGUCCGCCCGCGUGGGAUGAAAGGAGCCGGGCGAGAGCCCCAGUUUUUUGCGGGGCCUCCUGAGAGUUCCCAGGCCUCUUUCUCCUCCCUAAAUCUCCCCGGGCGUUUCCCUGAGACUUUAAAAUGUGGCCAGUAUCGUUUGUCUUCUGUGGAGGCUGUGAAAUAUAAUUAAUGUUUUAUAACGACCUGUUUUAUAGAUGUGAGGCAAUAAAGUGCUAGUGUAUUAACAUUUACAAAGAAGUUUUACUUUGAACAGGAGAGUGGGCAGUGAACUAUUCAUACCCAAACCGUUUAUGGCCAUUACAAUCUGUAGUUGCUUUAACUGGCUUGUGUUGGCUGCUGAGAGCCUGUUGUUAAAUUUCCUGGAAUUUUGCGAGCUCAUAGUUAAAUACAACCAUUCUUUGAAAUUAAAUGAUGUAUCAAG